UCGAUAGUUCAGCAUGUCUAGUUCUCACAACGAAAUUUUGAAAAACGACAAAAUUGUAAACAAACCAAAUUUAAAACAAAAUUCGGAACGUCAGGAAACCAGCCGCUUGCCAUGCAAUGUUAUAAACUGGCCAGCAGGCGCAGCUUAUACAAUGCACGGGUGCUCCAGGCGGAUCACCUCGGGGACCACCAAUGCCGCAGUCCGGAUCUCGAGGCUGCUCGCCAGAAUGCCCGGAUAGUGGUAAUCGGCGCUGGACUCGCCGGUCUCUCGGCCGCCCAACAUCUCUUGUCCCACGGUUUCCGACGCACCGUGGUCCUGGAGGCCACCGAUCGCUAUGGUGGCAGGAUAAACACCCAGCGCUUUGGCGAUACCUACUGCGAACUGGGGGCCAAGUGGGUCAAGAUCGAUGGGUCCCAGGACUCGAUAUACGAAAUACUGCGCAACACCGAAGGCUUGGGCAAGCAGAUAAAGCAGCCGGAGCGACCCACCUAUGUCGAGGUGGAGCAAGAAGGUGCUCUUAUUAAGCCAGCCAUGGUGGAGCUUAUCGACACCAUGUUCCGGCAGCUCUGUCGUGGCUUUAAACUUUCCGAUCGAGUUAAAUCUGGCGGUGACCUGCACUCUCUUGACAAUGUGAUGAACUACUUUAGGACCGAAAGUGAUCGCAUUAUUGGCGCCUCAUUUCCAAAGCCGGAGGAUCAGCUGGCGGCACGUAAGAUCUUUCAGUCGCUGUUUAAGGAGUUCGGCAGCAUCCUGGGCUGCUGUCUAGAGUACGUGAACAUCGAGCACAUUACCAAGUGUCCAGUGCAGCAGGAUCUGCGUCCGUUGUUUGUGCCCACCGGGCUGGAUAAUGUGGUAGAUGAUCUCAUACAGCAGCUGGGCAAGGAGCAGCUGCAGACCGGCAAGCCGGUUGGCCAGAUUCAGUGGACGCCUGCGCCGCUGAAGAGUGUGGGCUGUUUGGAUGGGAGUCUGUACAGCGCGGAUCACAUAAUUUGUACUUUGCCGCUUGGCGUGCUUAAAAACUUUGCGGGCAUCCUGUUCCGACCCACGCUACCGCUGGACAAGAUGCAGGCCAUACGCAACCUUGGCUUUGGCAAUCCCCUAAAGAUAUAUCUCUCGUACAAAAAGCCCAUUAGCCGCUGGCUAAAGAGCAACCUGCGGCCACUGGGUACCGUCCUCAAUCCCGCCCUGGAACAGCAAGUGGAACGCAACUGGACGCAGCAAGUGGUGGAGAUCAGCCAGGUUCCCAGCAGUCAGCAUGUGCUGGAGGUCCAUGUGGGCGGCGGCUACUACGAGGAGAUAGAGAAGCUGCCCGACGACAAGCUGUUGGAGCAAAUCACUGAAUUGCUGAGACGCUGCAUAAGCAAUCACUUAGUUCCGUACCCACAGGAACUGCUUCGCUCCAACUGGAGCACAUCGGCUUGCUACCUAGGCGGACGUCCCUACUUCUCCACCAGCAGCAGUGCCCGUGAUGUCCAGCGACUGGCCGCCCCGCUGGGAGAGAAGUCGCCAAGUCUACUCUUUGCUGGGGAUGCAACCUCGCUCAAAGGCUUUGGAACCAUCGAUGCUGCCCGCUCCAGUGGCAUCCGAGAGGCCCAACGCAUCAUUGACUUUUAUUUCAACACCAUGCAAUGUGUUUAAAUGCAAUCGAAAAUCCAAAUUGGCUCCAAAAUUGUACAAAGUAUCGGCAUAGAAUCAAACUAGUCAAAA